AUGACCGGCAUUCCCAGCUUCAGGAACGUCUUGCAUAACAUUGUUGCAGAAAAGAACUAUCGCAAUCUUCACCAGUUCAUAGUUGGGACUCUGCCUCCAUUACUUGACCAGGGUCGCCGAAUCAUAUCAAAACAGAAAGAGGAUGAUGGCUUCUUCUACUUCCGUCAGCACGUCACUGCUUUGUUGGAGGAAUUAACCACCGAUAUUGACGCAGCUGUGUCAAGUUCUAUGGAGUCGCUUCUCCCGCCGAUGUGGGAUUAUGGAAUCAGAUCAUGCGUGAUGUCCAACCUUGAGAACAAGGUUCUUAGUUGGUCAAAAGGUGUCCAUUUCAAUACUUAUAGGAUGACAAUUCGUCAGCGGGGCAUACCGAAAGACAGUAAAGCAAAAGCUUAUGAGGGAAGAUCUAUAAAUUGGAACCUUGACCUGCUAACCGCCAUGGAGACAAUCUCAAUUGAGAGGAAGAACAAAAGACCAAAAGGCCGGGAAGUUCGCAAGCCAUUAGGCGAGUGGAAAGAUAGAGUGCUUGAACUUUCGAACACUCUCUCAGUGCCGGUCGUCUCGCUCACCCAAGACUUCCUGAAAAGGGUACAGACAACUAUAAAUACGACAUCCUGUGAUGCGGCAUUGAAGAGCCGCACUAUGGAAGCGUGGCAAAAGGUGGUGGCAGUUAUUCGAAAGAUGAUUGAUAGAUUGCCCGCCAAACUGGACCGCAAGAUCAACGAUGUUCUCCGCGUCAUUACAACUGAAGAAGACGUAGGGUGCAUGAUAACCACACUGAACAUUCCACAGUAUGACAUGAUAGCAUCGCAGAAAACAGGUCGAGGAGUGUACAAUCGCUACAAGGCGGCAACACGCAACGCUUUUCUCGAAGUCGAUGCAGACGGAAAGGCAUUUAUUGACAAAUAUGAAGACCAGGCCACAGGACUAAUGCAUGGUGCGCUAAACUCUGGCUUGGAUGACUUCCGUCAGACCAUCACCGCUCGGCUGGAAGAGUUCAUUACGAUCACCCAACAGUUCUUGGAGAGCCAGGACCACAAAACCAAGGAAUAUCGGGCGCUCAGAAGCAGACUUGAAGCCCAGAUGCCCGACUUUGAGAGUCGCGUUCUGCAGCUGCAGAGGAUGUUUCCUGGGUGCGCGGAUCAGGAAGAGAUUGAAGUGCGCCGAUUUGCAAAGAAAAUAAAACUUGAAAACAACUAAAAAGUGGUGCUGAAUCUAAUUGUGGCAGAUCCGCUGCUGCCACUAAACGCAGUGGUAAAUGAAGCAAGGAGUGGUUCACAAUGAUUAUCUCUUUUUCCAAGGGCUGGCGCUCUCAAACCCACUCUAUCUCUUUUCUCUGAAUCUUUUGGGCUUAACGAGAAUUAGUCAUAUCUUCACACAGGAUAUACGUG